GCUCAAGGGACGAGUAUAUUCAACAGUCACGAGUGUUCCAGACCCCAAUGAUCCUCCGAAUAGUGAAGUUAAUAUGAGUGUUCAGAACGUGCAUUUUCGUGUUUUAUUAUUGUUAAUUUACCAAUAAGUAAAACAAAACGUUUUAUUCAAUUUUAAUGGAUUAAGUUUAUUCAGUGUUUGUUUAAUCAAUUCAAGACAAAAAUAAUGGAUCUUUCUUUCAUCUUUUGGACUUUUUUAGUUGGUGCUUGUCAUGGAAUGAUCUGGGGACCAGACAGAGAGGAUCAAUGUGAAAAAGCCAUGAGAACAUCUUUCCUGGAAGAUAGUGCUACUAUUGCUGAUGAAACAUCAUCCAGACUCGAAGCCACUUGGUUAUCACAAGAAUGCGAAGUUCGAGCUGGACCAGAAUAUCUAAUCCGAAAAUAUUUAUUUUUCCCGAAUGGAACGUUUUCAUUGUCAAGAUAUCAUUAUGCAGAUGAAUCGUGUACCAUUCCGACUCAUACUGUUGUUGCUCAUGGAACAAUUAAAUUGCAAGCGCCAACUACAUUCUUGCCUGGGAUUACGAGAACAAAAUACAUGUUACAUACUGUCCACGUUAUCCCACUUAACAGACAAGUGGCCCAUAAAUUUGAGCACAGAGUUAACGUGACGUGUAGUUCUCAACCGAAGUGGAGACCUUAUGUUGCACAAUUAAUUUACCAAGUAAACCAAAGGUUUUCAAAUUUUCAUUGGGAUGAAGGCUCAAGCUCAAAGUACAACAAACUCGAAGAUCAUCAGUCGAUACACAUCCAUCGCGGAAUAGAUUGUUUAAGACCAUUGGGUAUUGAUUUCGGAGAGUUGGAUCUUGUCAGGGUUCAAAAGAGGCCUUCAAGUUCCAAUGCUUUUGCUAUUGGAUCUAAUGGACAACCCCAAGUUCAAUUGUUCCUUGCUAGCUUGCCUCCUAACAGAAAUUCUCGAACUUCUUAUUUUCCAUCUUCGUUACAACCCUCGGUCCUCAUUCGAAGCGAUAUGAUGUUUGGAUGUCCUAUUUGCAAUGCUGUAAUCAGGUCAACAGACAGUAGUCCUCCAUUGCUGAAUGAAGGAGUUGCGCUCCCGGCUUUGCUAGGGGGCUCAUGGUUAAGCGAACACUGCGAGAGUUUCAAGGGUGGUUUAUGGAUUAAAAGACAACUUCAGGUUUAUUCAGGUGACAAACUUUGGACAGGUCGUUGGGACUACUACACAGAUUCUAAAUGUAUUUCUUACAUUUACUCUGUAACUGCUGCUGGAAGUUAUGUACAGCGAGCUGGUCGUCAAAGACGACAUGACGAAAUUAAUAGAUACGUUGAGGAAAAUCUCUUGCCAAACGAACGUAAGAAAUUAGAUCCUAUUAAAGUACUUCUCGAUGACAUCAAACGUUUCGAUGAUUUUUCAAGAAUAAGAAGAGAACCUUUUGAAUUGGAAUAUCCUAUUAACUUUAAAAAUUUGUUGGAGAAAAAAACAGUUUUAGAAACGAUUCCGGAUUCAACGCAAGUUAUCGAUACACAAGUACCAAAGCACGAAGAAUCAUCACCAACUGCUGAAGUAAUUGGAGAAACUAUCGAGAAAAUAUCAUUUUCUAACAUUCUUCCAAAACCGAGUGACUUGGAAGAAAGUAAUGAUGAAAAUACAUUAACGCUACUACCAAUUUUGUCGUUGUCAAAAAAACAGAAGAGAAGCGUUAAUGACGAAGAAUCGUAUCGUCAUCUUUUGAAACAUGCACAACCUUCUUUGGCUGAAUCUUAUGCAGCAAUGUUAAGAGGUAAUCAACGUCCAGUGGAACCAACUAAGAAGCCUUCGAUGUCGUUUGUACCAACAGGAACGUCAGAAUUAGAUCUUCAUGUGGCAGAGAGCUUUCUGAUUCCUGGAGAUAGCUUCAUUGCUAUUCGAUGUGGCGGUCAUUUGAUGGAUAAUUCAGAAUAUCAAGUUAACAAUGUUUUGUCUUCUUGGCCGAGCAAUUGUGUACCGGAUUCUCUGGAAGCUCCAUCAACACUCAGAUUAAAAGCUAGAGUCGGAGUCAAUUGGAGUGGUCAAUAUACUUUAAAACUUGGUCUACGAGAUAAUAAUCUUUGGGAUGCUCCUCUUCAUCAGUGUGGGCCAACAGAGUAUCAUAAUUUACUUUUGAGAGCUCAUCUAAGAAGAAGCCUUGGCAUCAAAUUUGGUCUCUUUUCUUCAUCUGCCGCAAAACUUAUUAAACCAACUUGGCUCAUUGGGUUCCAAAGUCUCUUGUUUUUAUUUUAUCGAUUUCUGCAUUGAGCGAAAAUCUUAAUAAUCUUAUUAAGUUUAUUAAGUAAAAUCAGGGACCAUCACGAAAUUAAUAGUAUAUUAAACAUAUGAUAUAGCAGACCACAAGGAGCAAAAGUAAUUCAUUUGUGGCCGCCAUUUGCAUACGGUUGUACAAAUGAAUGACUUUACUUCCUGUCGGCGCCAUUUUUGUGCAUGUGGGAUAAAAAUCUAUUCAGAAACAUUUUUGUUUCUAAAAUCAAUACUUGGCUCAGGCUCUGGCUUCAACAAACAUAAUUCGUUUAUAUUUUAUUGCUAGUACCAAAAUGAAUUGUAUAAUAACAAUUACAAUUGACAGACUAUCACUUUUAAACUUGACUGAGUUUUGUAAAUAUUAUAUAAAUUUUAUAAGAUUUAUAUUUAUGAUCGUAAAACCUAUGUUGGUUGUAUGUAAAUAUUUAGAUUAGAUCACUAAAAAAUAAAACCUGUAAAUAAUUAAAAGUUAUGUUGAUAGAUAGCAUUAAGAGAAAUUUUUCUUCUUAAAACUUUGUUUCAGUAGAUUCUAUAAUUAGAUUAAAAUCUAUUAUUCAAUAAGUUGUAAAUAUUUUAGAGUAGAAUUUAUUAAAGAUCUAUGUAAAUAUGGUACUGUAAGUUUUAAAAUAUUAAGUUAGAAGUAAAAAAUUAGGUAUUUGUAUGUUGACUUUGCAAAUCUUUGCGGUCAAGGGAUGCAUACCCCAGUGAUUGUUCUUAUAAUAAUAUAAAUAUAAAUAUACUAAGAAACUACUUUAUAACGAUAUUUACAAUAUUAAGUUAAUACUGAACCUUUUCAUUUACUGCAAUCAAGUUCUUUAAAUUUAAAUAACCCUGGCAGAUUUGAUUUACCUAAUGUCUACUGAGUUAGAUCUAAAUUACGUAAAUAUUAGAUAAAACAUAAAUAGUCCAUAGAUCAACUAAAAUUGUUAAAAAAUUUGAAAUUGCGAAAUUAACUACUUAAGGGUCUUUUCAAGCCUUAAUUAUUAAAAUUCAAUUAUAAUUCUUUAGUUAUUAAUUUUAAAUCUGCAUGUUAUAAAAUUUGUCAAUUUAGGCAUAUGCGAUUAUACCUGUAGUAGAAUACAAUCAAAUUAUUAUCGGUGGUAUAUCUUAUAUAAUAAACGCGCGAAGUUUUAAAACGAUGUACAGACUGUAAACACUUAAAAAACUAUUUCCUAUAUUU